AUGGACAAGUAUGACGUUGUUAAGGAUCUGGGAACUGGAAACUUCGGUGUGGCUCGCCUUCUAAGGCAUAAGGAAACCAAAGAGCUUGUUGCCAUGAAAUACAUCGAGAGAGGCCGAAAGGCUAGGUACUUCUUUCAACAGCUGAUUUGUGGGGUCGACUACUGCCAUUCCUUGCAAAUAUGCCACAGAGAUCUGAAGCUUGAGAACACACUGCUUGAUGGUAGCCCUGCUCCGCUUUUGAAAAUCUGUGAUUUUGGUUACUCUAAGUCAUCUAUACUACACUCUAGGCCUAAAUCGACUGUUGGAACUCCAGCAUACAUAGCACCUGAAGUUCUUUCCCGUAGAGAAUAUGAUGGCAAGCAUGCGGAUGUGUGGUCAUGUGGUGUAACCCUUUAUGUUAUGCUGGUUGGAGCUUACCCGUUUGAGGACCCUAAUGAUCCAAAAAACUUCAGGAAAACAAUCCAACGUAUAAUGGCUAUACAAUACAAGAUUCCGGACUACGUUCACAUAUCUCAGGAAUGCAAACACCUUCUCUCUCGCAUAUUCGUCACUAACCCUGCUAAGAGAAUCACACUUAAGGAGAUCAAGAAUCAUCCGUGGUACUUAAAGAAUCUGCCAAAGGAGCUGCUAGAGUCGGCUCAAGCAGUGUAUUACAAGAGAGACAACACGAGCUACUCUCUUCAAAGCGUAGAGGACAUAAUGAAGAUAGUUGGAGAAGCUAGGAAUCCAGCUUCUUCUUCCAGUGUCAGCAAAAGCUUGGGAUUAGGUGCUGAGGAAGAAGAUGAAGAGGACGUUGAAGCUGAAGUUGAAGAAGAGGAAGAGGAGGAAGAAGAUGAAUACGAGAAGCAUGUCAAAGAGGCACAUUCUUCUUGUCAAGAGCCUCACAAGGACUAAAAGUAAAGAAAAAAGCUCUCCGUUGCUCUCACAAAAGCCAAAGGGAGUAAGUAAGCUACUUCGUACAGGUUGUUUCAGUUUUAGAUUUCAUGUCUGAAAACAUUCUCGUUUCCUCAACUGUCUAGUGGUUGUCAAUAAAUGAAACAUUUGAAACUCUCAGCAAGUGAUUAUGAAACAUAAAGGGUAACAAAAUGUCAAUAAAAACGAUGUCUUUGUUUGUAAAUAGUAGUUUUUUACA